GGUAGCCGAAGAAAGCUGGAUCUCUCACACUCACAUGGCGCAUCUUAGCACGUUUCUGUUUUCCUUAAUUUUUUAAUCAUAUGUUAUCAGUAAUUAUAGGGAUUUUGUUAAUAAAAAGAAUAAUAAUUAUUAUUAAUUCCAAUUCAUAAUCAUGAAAAUUAUAUCCUUUCUUUAAUGUUUUGUUAUAUUUUCAAACUGAUCUGUUAAAAGAUAACCCACCAAAAAUAAUUUUGCAUCUUCCUUUUCAUACUCAGAUUCAUACCUGCAAUUCCUAAUGUAAAUAAAUUGAAUUCCUAUAAACCCUAAAAAGCCCAAACAAAAGGUUAAAUCACAAAUCUAUAUUUACGUCACUUCUCUUCUUUUACCCUAAAAAAAUAAUUUCUAUCAUAUGUUAUAAAUACAGAACAUUAUUGAUUGAUUAGUCAAUUAGAGUGCAAUUUUCUCUCUCCUUAUUACUCAAUUUCAUCAACUCACAUUGUUUGAUCCAAAUCACCUAAAGCUUUGUGGGUUUUUUCUUGUACCCACUUGAUUAUUACUGAUAUUAAGCACAGAAAAUUUUAAUUUUUAGUCACUUUUCAUUGUUUCUGAAUUGGGUUUGCCCACAAAAGUGUAUGAGAUCUCAUCUUUACCCUAAAUUUUGUGGUUAGUUCAUCAUAUUGUUGAUUAAAGUGAGGUUUUUGGGUUGAUUUGAAGCUUUUUGGAGUUGGGUUUUCUAUAAUUUCUCUUAUCCAUUCCAAAAUUUAACUAAAUUUUGUGGUUGGUUGUUCAGAUUGUUGGGUAAAGUAUUGUUCUUGAUCAAAUUCAAUAAACAUUACAUUGAUAAGAUUAAAGGCCAAUGAGAAGUGAGCCUGAAUACUAUCAGACACAAUGAGUGGAGGCUCAUUGGGUCUUGGUUUGCGUUCUGCAAGUUAUGGAUCAUUGCAGCAACAAUUGCAGAAUAAUUUAUUACAAAAUCAAUUAUCUUCACCACUGCCGCCGCCACCACCCUUUAGUACUAGAAAACCAGUCAAGAUGAUGAAGGAUAAGGAAAGGUUGUUCCAUUGGUUGUGCAAAACUGUUGGCAGGAAAAAGGUUGGGAUGCUGUUUCUUUGUUUGGUUUCUGCUGCAGUCUUUAUUUGGGUUCUUUAUGUCGGCAAAGGUGAGGAUUCGAGAGGGAAUGAAGGUCCUGCAAGUAUUACGAUAAACAACCGUACAUCUGCAAGUGUUGCACACUUAUCUGCUCCACUCAAUAAUAGCACUCGUGCAAGUGAUGAGCCCUUGCCUGCUCGUGCAGUGCAAGUUGUGGAUCGUAAAUAUUUCACAGGAUAUACACUUCCUCCAGGAAAUCCUUGUCAACAUUUUGCAUUACCGCCGCCACCAGCUGAUCCUAAACGAACAGGACCACGGCCUUGUCCCGUUUGCUAUCUUGAUCAGAAGCAAGCAAUUGCACUAAUGCCUGAUGCACCUUCAUAUUCCCCUGUGUAUAAUUUAACAUAUGUCUAUGAAGAGAAUUCAUCAAAAACUGAGUUUGGAGGCUCUGAGUUUGGAGGAUAUCCUUCUUUGAAGCAAAGGGAUGAUUCUUAUGAUGUAAGGGAGUCCAUGAUUGUGCAUUGCGGUUUUGUUAAAGGACAAAAACCUGGUCGUGGUACCGGAUUUGACAUUGAUGAUGCUGAUCUUGCUGAAAUGGAACAGUGCAAGGGGCUAGUUGUUGCCUCAGCAAUAUUUGGAAAUUACGAUUUACUUCAACAGCCCAAGAAUACAAGCGAAGAUGCCAAAAGAAAUGUAUGCUUCUUUAUGUUUUUGGAUGAGGAGACUGAAGCAGCAAUGAAGAAUGCUAGUGUUCUUGAUGGAAGCAAGAGGGUUGGAUUAUGGAGAAUAGUUAUUGUGCGCAAUCUUCCAUACACAGAUCCAAGGCGCAAUGGCAAGGUUCCGAAGCUUCUAUUGCACAGAUUGUUUCCUAAUGUUCGUUAUUCUAUAUGGAUGGAUGGAAAACUUGAACUUGUUGAGGAUCCGUAUCGAAUUCUUGAAAGAUUUUUAUGGAGACAAAAUGCAACUUUUGCAAUAUCCAGGCAUUAUAAACGUUUUGACGUAUUUGAAGAAGCUGAAGCGAACAAAGUUGCUGCAAAGUAUGACAAUGCUUCCAUUGAUUUUCAGAUUAAUUUUUACAAAAAGGAAGGAUUAACUCCAUAUUCUGUGGCAAAGCUUCCCAUUACGAGUGAUGUACCUGAAGGAUGUGUUAUAAUCCGGGAGCAUGUUCCAAUCUCCGAUCUUUUUAGCUGUUUGUGGUUCAACGAGGUUGAUCGAUUCACUUCCAGAGACCAAAUUAGUUUCUCAACUGUAAGGGAUAAAAUUAGAAAGAAGGCAAACUGGACCGUCAGCAUGUUCUUGGAUUGUGAAAGACGCAAUUUUGUUAACCAGGGCUACCACAUGGACGUGUUAAAGCAAAAGCAAAAGCAAGCAGAAGUAUUAGCUGCUGCACGUCCUCCUCCAGUCGCUUUCCCGCCUCCUCCUCCUGUUUUGGCUCCCCCUCCGCCACCCACACAAGUCGAAGGUCCUCCAACCCGACGGAACAGAGGCAGGGGUCGAAGGCGAAACCGCAAGGUUGCUGCUGGAGCUGCCGAUGAGACAAGUAUAGGCAGACAAUCAGGCACCAGUUGAGGUCAAAAUUUUGUCUAGACGAACAAAUUAUACCCAUGGUAUGGUUUUACCUUCCCAGCAAAGUAUACUCUCUUUUACUCCUAUUCUAUGGUGCAUGGCUUGGUAUAACUAUCCAUUUUUAAGAAUAUUGGUGUACCCUAUCGUCUUCGUUCACAUAAAACGAUAACGGUUAUUGUUCUUCCCCCAGAAAAAGGACAAUAGCCGAGGAGGACGAGAAUUGUUAUUCAUUUUUUUUGUAUAUAUAAGAUACCACAUUUUUUAAAAUAAAAAUAUUUUCAUUUCCGUGGUUUAUAAUUGAGGAUGAUUAAUAUUCUUCCCGUGUUUCCAAUCAAAGUUUAUAUGCCUUUUCGUGUAAGCCGGAUUCAAUAAGUGUUCUUGGAAGAUAAGAUUUUUAUUUAUGUGAAGUUUCAGAUAAUGUUUGUUACCAAGUUUCAACCGGAAAUAAUCGCUUUUUUAUCAGUAACAAAGGUAAGGUUGUAUACAUUCGACCCGUCAAACCUUGCAUAAAUGGGAACCAUUUAUGAGCAUAACUCGAGCUUGAACAAGCUUUUAUAUCUCUUCUUCGUGCUUGACUAAGUGAUAACUUGAUUAACAAUCACCAUUGUAGCGCCGUGAUGGAUUGGUGAAAGCUUCGGAAAAAUGAAGUAAUGGUGCCUAAGAGAAAUUGCAAAGUAAAAGAUGAAGCUCUUUAGGUUUCAUAGGAGUAUGCAUUAUUAUAGUCCUUUCAUAACUAAUGUUCGAAUCUCAAAGAAGAGAUAACAAUCAUAAAAUCUACGACAACUAUGAUGCAACACAUUUGGUAAAAUGAAUAGAAUUUUAACUUAUUAUAUUUAAUUUUUUAGUUUUCGUGCUAAAAGUCA